AUGGAUGACUGUAUUAAAGUAGUGGUCCAUCAUACAGGACAUUUUGUUAGUGAUGAUAAUGGUAAUUUAAAAUUUGAUGGAGAGAUAACACAAUGGUCUUGUGAUCCAGACCUCUUCUGCUAUUGUGGAAUAAUAACAUCAGUGAAAGAGUUAGGUCAUAAAGACAUUAAAGAAGUUUGGUACAGUUUAGGAGGUCAAUCAGUGGUACCAGAGAGGUUAGAAUUAUUGACUGAUGAUAGGGGUGCUUUGCAUAUGGUUAAUAUUGCAAUGUUAAAUGGUCAAGUUCAUUUGUACAUUGUUCAUAAUAGGAAUGAACCAGAAAUAAUUGAAAUGAUUGAAUGGGUUGAUGGUGUUGUUAAUGAUGAAGUUCAUGUUGGAACACAAGUGGAGGGUGAGGGUGAGGUUCAAGCUGUAACAGAAAUGCAGAAUGGUCAUGGUGAGGGUGAGUGUGAGGUUGAGAGAGAGGUUGAUUGUGAGGUUGAGGGUGAGGCUGAAGUUGUAACACAAUUGGCUGAGGGAGAAGUUCAAAGAGAGGUUGAGGCUGAGGUUGAGGGUGAGGUUGAAGUUGUAACACAAUUGGCUGAGGGAGAAGUUCAAAGAGAGGUUGAGGCUGAGGUUGAGGGUGAGGCUGAAGUUGUAACACAAUUGGCUGAGGGAGAAGUUCAAAGAGAGGUUGAGAAAGAGGUUGAGGCUGAGGUUGAGGGUGAGGGUGAAGGUUUAACACAAUUGGAGGAGGUUGAGCUUGCUAAUGUGGAUGAGGUUGAGGUCCAUGAUGUAGAUGAUUUCGAGCUAAAAGACGUAGAAGAUGAGGAUGAAGAUGAAAAUAUAGAAGAUGAUGAGGAUGAAAACGUAGAUGAGUCUAGUAGUGAAGAAAGUCUUAUUGAUGUGACCAUUCAUUGUGAUAACAUUGAUACUUCUAAAAGAAGCUUGAGUGAAGAACAACCCUGCAGUUCAUGGACAAGUGGUAAUGAUGACAUGAAUGAUGUAUGUGGUAUAUCUGACAAUAAGUGGGUGUCAGAUGACUUGGACAGUGGUCCAGAUAGUGAGAAUGAAAGUUCCAUUCCUAGAAGUUUGUUCCCCACAUUUAGCAUGCCUAAAAUUUUGGAAGAAUAUAAGUGGGAAGUUGAGACUUAUUUUACUGAGAAAAACGAAUUCAAAGAGGCCAUUAGGACAUAUGCACUAAGUAAUGGUUGA